CCCAGAAAGUCAACGCCUCUCGCUCUCCGAGCAGGAGCGAGCUGGGGAAUGCUCGGCCCUCUUCCGCUCAGCGAGGACAAACCUCUCUCGCCCACCCGCCUCGGCUCCCUCAGGCAGUCAGGGCCUCGCACAGCCUCUCCGGGGGAUGCACCUAUGGCUCGCGUUGCUCCAAAGACCUGGAAGGCCGGUGAGCAGGGCUGCGGCCGCGUUUUCCGGCCGGGAUGAGUCACUUCCGGUCACGGACUCCCUCCCCCCGGAAGUGAGACCUGAUGUAAACACCGGAGCCGGGCGUCAGGGCCCGAGAGGUCAGAAAACCGGGCCGCGGGCGGCGCCGACAGCAGGGGUUGGGAUCGGGAACGCAAGGAGGUCAGGGAAGCAAUCCUGGACCAUGACUCAGCAGCCACUUCGAGGAGUGACCAGUCUGCGUUUCAACCAAGACCAAAGCUGCUUUUGCUGCGCCAUGGAGACUGGUGUGCGCAUCUACAACGUGGAACCAUUGAUGGAGAAGGGGCAUCUGGACCAUGAGCAGGUGGGCAGCAUGGGCCUGGUGGAGAUGCUGCACCGCUCCAACCUGCUGGCCCUGGUGGGUGGUGGUAGCAGCCCCAAGUUCUCAGAGAUCUCAGGGGUGGGUCUUGUGUCACCAGGGCUGCCCCUCACCCUGAACCUUGGCCCCGACAACGCACCCACCUGCCCAGCAGUGCUGAUCUGGGACGAUGCCCGAGAGGGCAAGGACUCCAAGGACAAGCUGGUGCUGGAGUUCACCUUCACCAAGCCAGUGCUGGCUGUGCGCGUGCGCCAUGACAAAAUUGUGAUCGUGCUGAGGAACCGCAUCUACGUGUACUCCUUCCCCGACAAUCCCCGAAAGCUGUUCGAGUUUGACACUCGGGACAACCCCAAGGGGCUUUGUGACCUCUGCCCCAGCCUGGAGAAACAGCUGCUGGUGUUCCCGGGACACAAGUGUGGGAGCCUGCAACUUGUGGACCUGGCAAGCACCAAGCCUGGCACCUCAUCCGCCCCAUUCACCAUCAACGCCCAUCAGAGCGACGUGGCCUGUGUGUCCCUGAACCAGCCGGGCACGGUAGUGGCCUCCGCCUCCCAGAAAGGCACCCUGAUUCGCCUUUUUGACACACAGUCCAAGGAGAAACUGGUGGAAUUGCGCCGAGGCACUGACCCUGCCACCCUGUACUGCAUCAACUUCAGCCAUGACUCCUCGUUCCUCUGCGCUUCCAGUGAUAAGGGCACGGUCCAUAUCUUCGCUCUAAAGGACACCCGCCUCAACCGCCGCUCCGCGCUGGCUCGCGUGGGCAAGGUGGGGCCUAUGAUUGGGCAGUACGUGGACUCUCAGUGGAGCCUGGCGAGCUUCACCGUGCCUGCCGAGUCAGCCUGCAUCUGCGCCUUCGGUCGCAAUACAUCCAAGAACGUCAACUCUGUCAUUGCCAUCUGUGUAGAUGGGACCUUCCACAAAUACGUCUUCACUCCUGAUGGAAACUGCAACAGAGAGGCUUUCGAUGUGUACCUUGAUAUCUGUGAUGACGAUGACUUUUAAGGACACUGCGUGUUGUGCAACGGACCUGCAGUGGUAGAUGGCAAAGCCUUCAGGGGGUCAGGAGUGCGGCGGAAGCUACCAGCCAGCAGGCAUUAAUGGGGCAGGGGCCCACCUGGCCCGCAGCAGUGCAGUGCCGAAACAGCUCACUUGCCCCCAAAUGCUUCUUGGUGACUGUGUGCCUGCAGGGCCAGGCCAGGGACCCAGGGAGGGAGGAGACCCCCCUGGGACUCCCAGCCUGAAGACAGCCAGCGACCUAGAGGGAGUGCCCUCAUUCAACAUGUGGGGAUUAAAAAACCUUCCCAGAAAA